GCGGGUUUGCGGUCCGGUCUGUUGCGGCGAAUGCGUGAUCGAGGUCCAGCCGCUGACAACUGUCCGCCUCCCCCCCUCCCCUCCCACCACCCCUCGUUCGGGGCCCGAGCGCGCUGCGCGGAGGUGCCGCCGGUGAAAAAGGGCUAUGUGCCAUCAGCUGCUGGAGGGCUUCUGUCCUCUCUGCAACCUGUUCAACGUUUGAGGCUUAUGGGAUAGGAGUGUGUGCCCCUUCCCAUCCCUGCAGGCCAACUGGAGUCAUUUGUGCCAAAGCUGAUCUGUGCUGAAGGACAAGCAAUGGGCAGCCCAGGCUGCGAGGUGGACGUAGUCAGGCCCUUGGAGCCACCCCUGGAGGAUACGUGUCCGGAGUGUGGCCAGAUCCACCGCAGCUGGGAGAACCACCUUUAUAAUUACCGUCUGGAGGUGGACGACGACCUGGUGUGCCACAUCUGCCUUCAGCCGCUGGUGCAGCCGCUCGACACACCAUGCGGGCACACCUUCUGCGCACGCUGCCUGCACAGCUUCCUUCAGGAAAGGGAUUUCUGCCCUCUGGACAGGACAAGGCUGCAGCUGCAGGCAUGCCGCAGAUCCAGCAUCCUGGUCCACAAGCUGCUAGACAAGCUGUCUGUGACCUGCCCUUUGAGUCCUCUCUGCUCCCUCAGCAUGCCACGAUGUGACCUAGAGGCACACCUCAAACACAGGUGUCCUGGGACUCGGUGUCAGCAGACUUCUGUGGACGGACCACGAUGUGAAAGCGGGGAUGAGCGAGCUAUGGUGACCACCCCACCCAUGUCACCUCACUCUCCACAGACGGACCUAAGAGACCGCACGCCCUCACCGCACUCUGGACCCACUAACGCCUCCAGCAAUGGAUCUGUGUGGCCCAACGACGCCGGCCUCGACAACCCUGCCUUUGAAGAAAGCACCGAAGAAGACAGUGUGGUGGGGUUGGAGUGUGUGGUCCCCAGGGUGAAGCGGCCCCUCAGUAACCCCUGCAUCCAUCUCCUCCGCUCUGUCAGCUCUACCUCCUCUGGCUGGGACUGCCCUGAGUCUCCACCUCUGUCUGCAGAAGAAGGGUGUGUGAAGCUACCCUCCCUUCCUGAAGGAGAGAUAACUACCAUAGAGGUCCACAGGGCCAACCCAUACGUUGAGCUGGGAAUCAGCAUUGUUGGUGGAAAUGAAACGCCUCUCAUCAACAUAGUGAUUCAGGAAGUGUAUCGAGAUGGGGUCAUCGCACGAGACGGGAGGCUGCUGGCUGGAGAUCAGAUACUACAGGUGAACAACGUGGACAUCAGUAACGUCCCACACAGUAUUGCUCGCUCCACCCUGGCGCGGCCCUGCACCACUCUGCAGCUGACUGUGCUGAGGGAGCGCCGCUGUGCCUCCAGGGCACCUCCCUCCUCCUCCUCCUCCUCCUCCAAUACCCCAGCUGUGCCCCACGCCCCCUGCUCCACUCCUGAGGGUGCCCCCUCCAGCCCCGCCACCCUAAGAAUCACCCUUCACAAGCGAGACUCCACGGAGCAGCUCGGCAUCAAGCUGGUCCGUCGAACGGAUGAGUCAGGGGUGUUUGUUUUGGACCUCUUGGAAGGAGGUCUGGCCGCGAAGGACGGCAGACUGCGGAGCAACGACCGAGUGCUGGCUGUCAACGACCAAGACCUUUGCCAUGGCACCCCUGAGCAGGCUGCUCAGAUCAUACAGGCAAGCGGAGAGCGAGUCCACCUCCUGAUCGGACGACCCAACAAACCAACACCUCCCCCGCCACCAAAAUCAAGCUCAACCCGAGACCUGUACUGCCUUGAUCACUUCCUGCCAAAUCACAGCUCUACUCCAAGCCCUGUGCCCGUACACCUGUCCCGCACCAGCACUCACAGAGAUCUCUCACAGUGUGUGACUUGUAAGGAGAAACACAUCACUGUGAAGAAGGAACCCCAUGAGUCCCUGGGCAUGACCGUCGCAGGAGGGAGGGGUAGCAAGAGCGGGGAGCUGCCGAUCUUCGUGACAAGCGUUCAACCACAUGGCUGCUUGUCCCGGGAUGGACGAAUAAAAAGAGGUGAUGUCCUGCUGAGCAUCAACGGUCAGGACCUGACAUACCUGAGCCACAGCGAGGCUGUCGGGACAUUGAAGGCCAGUGCUGCUUCGCCAUCGGUGCAGCUGAGAGUGCUGGAGGUCAGCAUGGUGGAGGAACACGACCAUGACGAGCUGCUGCCUCACAGCCAUGACAGCGAUUUUGAUGCCAAUUGGUCCCCUUCGUGGGUCAUGUGGCUGGGCCUGCCCAGCUAUCUGCACAGUAGCCAUGAGAUUGUGUUGCAGAGGAGCCACCCCGGGAGCUGGGGCUUCAGCAUCGUUGGGGGGUACGAAGAAAACCAUGGCAACCAGGCAUUUUUCAUCAAAACCAUCGUCCUCGGCACGCCCGCAUACUACGAUGGCCGCCUUAAGUGUGGAGACAUGAUAGUGGCAGUAAACGGCCUGUCCACAGCAGGAAUGAGCCACUCAGCUCUGGUACCCAUGUUAAAAGAGCAGCGCAGCCGGGUGGCGCUGACCGUGGUCUCCUGGCCUGGCAGCCUGGUAUAACCAGGACAAAAGUCAGCAGGCUUCUCGCAGAAUGUUCUAAAUCGGGAACAACCUCGGCCAGAGUGAACUGGUGCAUCCUACUGUACAUCGCUCCAUACUGGGCUUAAUCCAGGACCAAACACAUCCAGGACUGUUAUAGACCCAGCAGGACCAAGCGGGGUAACUGAUCCAGAUCGUGCCACGUCACUCGACAGACUGCACUCCUAAACAGAUACUGCUGUGUUUCAUAUGGUCAUGUUGUCUUGACUCCCACAGGGAGAGCCGUGCUGCAACUGUUAACAUGCAGUUUGUGCUGUAUUCACCUCAGUGGUAGUACCUCAGGGUUUUAUUCAGGUGGAGGCAUCGUUGGAGGUCUGAAAGAUUUUAGAAAAAUGUAAUCUGAUCCUCUGUCAUCCAAGAUUUUAAAGAAAUUACAAAUCACCUUCAAGUUGUUCUGCUGCACCAGCGAUGUUUCGAUCUGAAUGAACCCAAGGCCUUAUUAGAAACCUGCCGCAUCCUGAGGGAGGUCAGCCCUCAGGUAUCAUCACCAUACAACUAGCUGACCUUUUAUACAUGUGUGAAUGUGUGUUUUGUUUAAUAAAUAUUUCCUUUCAAGGA